AUCGUUGUUUCUCUCAAAAAUCAGAUUUUUAUUUCUGGGUUUUGUUCGAAUUUUCUGAUCAUGGCGGUCAUUGAGAGCGUCGGAGCUAAUACUACUGUGGAAGCUGGUGGUUUGAUCUCGCCGUCGCCGCCGUCUUCCGUCACCAGUCAAGAAUCAGGAGUCUCUUCUAACAACGAUGACGGUGGAAAUGGAAUCCAUAGUGAGAUCGGAGUCCACGUGGCGAGAUCCGACGGUGAUGAGAGUUUUAAGCGUGAUAUGAGAGAGCUUCAUGAGCUCUUGUCUAAGCUUAAUCCCAUGGCUAAAGAGUUUGUUCCUCCUUCACUCACUAAGCCAGUUGUUAAUGGUUUUAACGGUGGUUUCUUCGCCGUUAAUAAUGGCUUUGGUGCUGCCGGAAAUUUCCCCGUUAACGAAGACGGUGGUUUUCGCCGUAAGAAGUCGUUUGGACAACAAGGGAAAAGGAGAAUGAAUCCUAGGACAAGUUUGGCUCAACGUGAAGAGAUCAUUCGAAGAACUGUCUAUGUGUCUGAUAUUGACCAACAGGUCACUGAGGAGCAGCUUGCUGGUUUGUUUAUCGGCUUUGGACAGGUUGUUGACUGUCGUAUAUGUGGUGAUCCCAACUCAGUACUUAGGUUUGCUUUCAUUGAGUUCACUGAUGAAGUGGGUGCAAGGGCUGCGCUGAGUUUGUCUGGGACGAUGCUGGGAUUCUAUCCUGUGAAGGUUAUGCCGUCUAAGACAGCUAUUGCACCGGUUAACCCGACAUUCUUGCCAAGGACUGAAGAUGAGCGUGAGAUGUGUGCGAGAACUAUCUACUGUACUAACAUCGACAAGAAGCUCACUCAAGCAGACAUUAAACUCUUUUUUGAGUCUGUGUGUGGAGAGGUUUACCGUCUGAGGCUGCUGGGCGAUUAUCAUCAUCCAACUCGCAUCGGUUUCGUGGAGUUUGUCAUGGCUGAAAGUGCAAUAGCUGCUCUCAACUGCAGUGGCGUCCUUCUUGGCUCUUUACCGAUAAGGGUGAGUCCGUCAAAGACACCUGUUCGUUCCCGUGCUGUCCCGCGACAUCAAAUGCAUUAACCGUAGUAGCUACAAGUUUUAUAAAUAUUUCUGCUCCUCACAGGCAUGUAAAGAAUGUUUGUCUGAAACUUCUGGUUCUUUUGUUUUCCCUUAUGUAAUGCUAGAAGCUUGAUGAUGCUUCUGUUGCCGUUUACUUUUGGGUAAUCUCUUAGGGAGAGUUUUUUCGAUUUGGGUUCACGUUUAGAAGUUACACAGAGCAGAAGAGUAUAAAACACUGAGAGAGGC